AUGAAACCCCCGCACGGUCGGAGGAUCGGCCCUGACUACGCCAUAAAGCAAAGAGCAGGUCGGUCCCUUCUUUCAGCCAUAAAAAUGACUGAAGAGUGGUACGCCCCCCUCGACUCGAUACAACACCACAAACUAAGUUUACCUCGGUGGGCGAGGUACGGAGCCGGAGCAGCGAAUGUUGUUACGUCGCUGCAGAGUGGAGAGGAGAAAGCGCGGUAA